AUGCCAUCGCUAGGCACAAUCACUUGGAGAAUACUAGCAUUCUCUUCACUCUUUAUACAAGUCCGCGCUCAGUCCUCCGAUCCCAAUAACACCGCCCUUAGUCCAGUUGACUCCAUCUUGACAGUCUCGUCCUGCGACGCCCGGACUAUCAACUACAUCACUCACACCCUUCCCCAAUCGUGCCUCACAAGCUCUUGGACAAGCUCGACUUCCACUUCCACUCCUUCACUCUCCAAUUCGACUAGCGAUACCUCUUCUAAGCCGACACAGAGCAAUCCUGCACCCUCCACCGUACUAAGCGAGCCCCAAUCCCAACAACCCUCGUCCACCGCUAUUCCCCCCAAAGACGAAUCGCAAGAUGCAGCUGGAGAUGGAGCUGAGAAACCAUUCAUGUCCUUCGAGGACUGGAAAGAGAUGAUGCUACGCAAGACAGGUCAGGACCCUCAAGACCUUCACUCCAGAAACACAAAGCCCCGCGACAGGACACCACCAGACAUGGGCCACGCCGGCCUCGGCGAGGAAGACGAGAUAUCAUUGAACUUUGACAGUUAUCUGGAUAACGCCGGAAAGCAAAAGGAGCCUCCUUCCGAUGUCGAUCAAGUUCAAGGCGAUGGAUCAGGCAAGGCAAUCGUUUAUGAGGAUGGUCGCGCAUCGAUCCAUAGGAGUAAAGAUGCUGGCAAGACGUGCAAGGAACGAUUUUCUUAUUCGUCUUUCGACGCUGGCGCCACAAUUCUCAAGACAAGCUCUGGCGCAAAGAACGCCAAGGCCAUUCUUGUUGAGAACAAAGACUCUUAUAUGCUUCUCGAGUGCUCUGCCAAGAGCAAAUUCGUCAUCGUUGAAUUAAGUGAUGAUGUCCUCAUCGACACUGUCGUUCUCGCAAACUUCGAGUUCUUCUCCAGCAUGUUCCGCCACUUUACUGUCAGCGUUAGUGACCGGUAUCCAGUCAAAACGGACAAGUGGAAAGAGAUUGGAUUGUUUGAGGCACGAAACUCGCGUGAUAUCCAGCCUUUUCUGGUCCAGAAUCCUCAGAUCUUCUCAAAGUACGUCCGCAUCGAGUUCCUUACCCAUUGGGGAAAAGAGUUCUAUUGUCCGGUAUCCUUACUUCGAAUUCAUGGUUCACGCAUGCUCGAUUCGUGGAAAGAAGCUGACCAAGCUCGUGAUGACGAUUCGAGCCCCGAAGAAGAGGCCGAACCGACCCAGCAGUCUCUGCCUCCAGGGGAAGAAGCGCCGAAGAUACAAGCAGUCGAGCCAACCCCUGAGCCUGUCAAGACCACCUUGGUCGAGGAAAUACCUUGUUGUGAAAUCAAUGCAACUUCGCAUAUCUUUAUGGUGCCACUGUUCUGCCCCGUCUCACUCAACCACACGACUUACACGAUAUCGAACAAGAACAGCUCUGUCGAAGUAACGAGUGCUGCCUCCGCCCUCAAUUCUUCUGAAGACAGAGAACAGAAAGGCCACUCAACUCAACACAUCCCUAGAGCAGAGCGCCCGGCAAGUGAUGAGCCCACAUCCUCUGUGUUCUCCAAGACAGUUUCCCCAAGCGCCACACCCGCCGUCUCACCCACUAGUCCCUCCUCCGUAUCAUCUUCCAACAUCGAAUCAGUUUCAAACUUUACUUCUCAAACACAAAGCUCCAAGAUAGCUUCAACACCCUCCGCUGCGACAGCCCCAUCCGUUGCAAAGCCUUCACCUGCCAAUACUGUUAAUGCCAAAAAGGGCACGACGGGCACAGCUUCUGGCUCGCCGGCCUCGCCAACAGUGCAAGAAGGUUUCUUCAAAGCCAUAUCCAAACGUCUCAUCGCAGUUGAGACUAACCUCACUCUCUCCCUGAAAUACGUGGAAGACCAGGCUCGCCACAUGUCUGAGACUUUGCAACGAACAGAGCAGAAACAAAUUUCGAAAGCAAACUUGUUCUUCGAGGAACUCAACCGUACUGUCGUUGCCGAGCUGCGCUCCGCCCGUGAGCAGUACGAACAGAUAUGGCAGUCGACUGUGAUCGCACUCGAAAGCCAGCGCGAGCAGUCCAACCGAGAGAUAGUGGCGCUCAGCAGUCGUCUCAACCUUCUUGCCGAUGAGGUCGUCUUCCAGAAGCGCAUGGCUAUCGUGCAAGCAGUCCUCCUCCUGUCAUGCCUCCUUCUCGUCAUCUUCUCCAGAGGUGGAUCACUACCUUACCUCGGGCCCCUCGUAGAUCAAGCCAAUAUUGCUCAAUACGAUACUGGAUCGCCUGCAGCUCGUCUUCGGGCAUUGUACGGGGACGUCUAUGGCGCAGAUGGACAGAACGCAGCUAUACUCGCUGCCCGUCAGAGAGUGUUUGUGCCUGUGACUGAGGCAGAAGAGCAUAAUGAUUCAGCAGAGCUUCGACAACGCGCUUCUUUGGUUGACGAGAUGCGUAACGAGCGGGCCGAGCGUGAGCAACUUUCACCACCUCAAACACCAAGAUCUGCCGACGGUUUCUCUUCUUCAUCAGAUCUCUCACCACCCCCUCGAGAAACGCAAUCAAGUAUUCUACGCCAUGCUCCUGCGAUUCACUCAGGUAAUUCGCGUAAGCCCUUGCCGGCUUUACCUGAGAACCCUGCGUCGCCGUAA